UCUCCGGCCGUAGGACUGCAAUGGCGGAGACAAUGAAGCUGAGUAGAAACCACGCUCCUCCUAAUGAAUCCAGAAAAUUGUCUAGCUACAGGGACUGCAUGUGUGCGAUAUUGACGCUGUUGUCAGACUUCGGGAAAGAGCUCAAAUUAAAUGACGCUGCUCUGAGAGUAGAAGUCAGCAUCGAUGCUGUGGAUCUACCGUCAUCUCCAGAUGCUCAAGUGUACAACUGUUUGCAGGAGCAUGUCACUCAAUUACAGGCCGUAUCAGAAAGCUUAAAGACACUGGUGGAGGCGCACCGAGAUACAUUAUCUGCAAAAGACAACACAUCGGUUGACGCUGUCACCUCAUCGUCACCCAAAGAGCAGUCGACUGCGCCGUCUGAGCACCGUCCUCCAAGCCCAGAGGAUGCAGAGAGCAAGACGGUGGCGGAUGAUGUCAUGGUUCAGAUCAGAGCCAGGAAGUCAGAAAUUGAGCGAAGAAUAUCUGCAUUUAUGGAACGCAAGCAAAUGGAGAUCAAUGAAAACAAUGUACGCGAAUUUUGCAACGUGAUCGACUGCAAUCAGGAAAACAGCUGUGCCAGAACAGAGGCCGUUUUCACUCCAUAUCCAGGUUUUAAAAGCCACGUGAAAGUUACACGGGUUGUAAACACUUACGGGCCCCAGACACGUAGUGGGGGAGGCCAAGGAGAGGCUGGGGAGCAGCUGAGGUUGCCGAUGGCAAGAGACUGUGGAAAUGCAGCCAUAGAAGAACGACUUCACAACAUCGAGACUCACCUGAAACUCCCAACAGCUGGCCCAGUCCCAUUGAGUGUCUACCAGAGACUGAAGAAGCUGGAGGAUCGUAUCUUGGAGUUAGAGGGACUCUCACCAGAGUACUUUCAGUCCACGGGUCACCUCCACAAACGACAAAAGACAUCCCCUGCUCAGGCCCGCAGUCUUACUGAGCUGGAUGAGAAGAUCAGUGCAGUGAAAGCAGCACUACUGAAGAGGGUGAAUGAAUUCGGGCCGGGAUAUGGAACAGAGUGUCUGCUGUAAAAACACUCCAAACACACUGUAUAUUAAUGCAUUGUUGGUUUCUUUUUGUGUUCCUGACUUCUUCAUUAGUACCGUUCUCACAGUAUGCAAUCAAAAACAAACAUUUAAUAUGAGCUUCAUUUCAUGGGCAAAACAAUGUAUUACUCAAAGUAGCUUUGUAGUUAACUGAGAUGUAUGUGUUACUUUAAAUAAAGAUGUUUUUUAAUGGGAAAA